GCGCGCAGGUCCGCGGGGAGGGGCGGCCUGCUACAGGGCCCACCCCAGGGCGUUCCUGAAGGGCGCCCUCGGCCGCCCCCACCGCACCCCAGAUGUACCAUGCGGUUUCCCAGGCGCGCGUGAAGGCGGCCCCCGCGACCAUGCUGCGGCCACAGCGGCCGGGAGACGUGCAGCUUGGGGCCUCCCUGUACGAGCUCGUGGGCUACCGGCAGCAGCCCUCCGCCUCCUGCACCUCCUCCUCCUCCACGACGGCCCCCCUCCUCCCCAAGGCGGCGCGCGAGAAGCCGGAGGCGCCCGCCGAGCCGCCCGGCACGGGAUCCGGGUCCGGGGCGCACGCGGGCGGCGGCUCCCGGGCGGACGCCAAAGAGGAGCAGCAACAGCAGCUGCGGCGCAAGAUCAACAGCCGCGAGCGGAAGCGCAUGCAGGACCUGAACCUGGCCAUGGACGCGCUGCGCGAGGUCAUCCUGCCCUACUCGGCCGCGCACUGCCAGGGCGCGCCGGGCCGCAAGCUCUCCAAGAUCGCUACGCUACUGCUCGCCCGCAACUACAUCCUGCUGCUGGGCAGCUCGCUGCAGGAGCUGCGCCGCGCGCUCGGCGAGGGCACAGGGCCCGCUGCUCCGCGCCUGCUGCUGGCCGGCCUGCCCCUGCUCGCCGCCGCACCCGGAAGCCGAGAAAGACCAGUAGCCAGUGCGGAUUGUCCUGUGCGCAGCACACGGACGGACCCUCGGCGGCCUGACGGUCGGCACCGCGGUGCUGCGGACGGGGGCGAUGACGAAUCCAGGGUCGUUGGACGCCGAGGGGGACCGGGAGCCCCCAAACCGCUGGCGGUCCCCGCUGCAGUGGCGACGGCAGGAGGGCGCUUGCUGCGCGGUCCCUUCGCGUACCGGGUCCUUGACCAGCGCGCCGGGAAGGUGUCCUCGCCGCUUUGCAAUGAAGAACUACAUAGAUGA